AUGGACACUCAAGUUCCAGCUGAUGGAGUAGAAGCCUUCCCAGGCAUGCAUACAGAACGGGGUGAAAUGGAAGCAGCAGUCUGUGGUGAUGGAGUGGAAGGCUUUCCAGCCUCAGAUCAAGAAGGGGCUGCAAGGGAAGCAGAAGUCCCUGCUGAUGGAGUGGAACCCUUCCCAGCCAUGGAAGUCAUAGACACUGAAAUUGAAACUUCAGUUCGUGAGAGGCAAGUGGACCAACAACCUCACAAGGUUCCUACCUCUGAAGAUGUGAAGCUUCCUAGUGUUGAAGAUGCCCUCCUUCCUACUCCGGAAGAUGGGAAUGGGUAUAGAGUUAUUUGUAAAACGAUGUUACAUUUGUUAGAGGAUUGGAAGAAGACAGAAAUUGAGGGGGUAGGAUGCAAGGUCAGGCCUCCCAUGAAAUGUAACAUAAGUCUGGUUGGUGAUGAAGGGGACAACGAGGCUACUGCCACGGUUCAGAAACCAGAUGCUGAAGGUAAAGGGUGCAGACUUAAGCGGGCUGCGACACCAUUGUUGAGUCCAUUCACCGAUCCCUCCAGGAAAAAGAGGAAGGUUACUGAUUUGCAUGCACAGACACCUCAGCCCCGUUUUGAUCCAACAAAACCCGUGGCCAUGGACGAUGUGAAGGCUAUCAUACAACUUUGCAGGGCUUGGAAAACUGACAUCAGUGCGGAGCUGGAGCUCGAACCAUUUGAAGUUGGGGCAGAUUUUUUUUACAAACUGUUAGAUGAAACUGCAUGGAUGAGCUCGAGGCACCUUGACAUGGCCAUGUUUCUAAUACGCAAAAGACAACUCUCUCAUCCGCAACUAUUUGGAAGGGAGUGGACAACCGCCGAGUUUUGUCUGCAGCAAUUUUUACAGCCGUUUGCAAUGCCAAGUGGGAAAUGA